GUAAUAUUCUUGUCAUUGUUAUUGUGGCUGCAACCAAGACUUUCCACUCGGUGACGUCAGUGCUGAUAAUGAACCUGGCCAUCAGUGACCUCCUGGUGGGCGUUGGAGUGAUGCCUUUUGUUGCUUUGUCCGUCAUGAACCGUGGAUGGGUAAACUGUACUGACCUCUGUUUGUACGUGGGUUACACCUCCUCUGUGUACUGCACAGCUUCUGUACUGACAUUAGCUGCUAUUGCAUUGGACCGCUACCACUCCAUCAUGGACUGCCUGCACUACAGUGCCCGCUGCACCCUGUGGAGGACCUGUGCCGUGGUUCUGUGGAUCUGGCUGCAGGCUCUGGUCACCAGUUGUCCUCCCCUGCUGGGCUGGAGCUCGGUCAUCUAUGUGGAUCCCAUGUACAGCUGUGCAGUCAACUGGGCCAGCAGUCCAAGUUACACGGCUUUCGUGGCUGCCCUCAGCUACCUCAUACCGGCAGCGGUCAUCCUCUUCUGCUACGUGACCAUCGUCAAUGUGGCCCGCAGCCACGCCAGGAGAAUUCACACAUUGGAGGAUUCUGUGCAGCGCAGCAAGAACCCAAGCUCUGACUUUGCUCCUGGUGAUUCAUCACUCCAGCACUGUGGGAACCUCCACAGCCCCUCGAGACUGAUUUAUCAU